AUGGCUGCGAAUUACAAUGAAAAGCUUCUUCUCAACUAUGUCCCGUUCUAUGUUAUGCUUCCGUUGGGAGUGGUGAAUGUGGAAAACGUAUUUGCGGACCCAGAAACGCUUGAAACGCAGCUCAAGCGUCUGAAAGAAGAAGCUGGAAUCGACGGCGUUAUGGUCGAUGUUUGGUGGGGAAUCAUAGAAUCCAACGGUCCUAAACAAUACGACUGGACCGCUUACAAAACGCUGUUCGAGCUGAUCGCGCGUUUAGGACUCAAAAUCCAAGCGAUCAUGUCGUUUCACCAAUGCGGCGGAAACGUCGGCGACGUCGUCACGAUCCCGAUCCCGCAAUGGGUUCGCGAUGUCGGCGAUAGCGAUCCCGAUAUCUAUUACACUAACCGCAAAGGAACAAGAGACAUCGAGUAUCUCUCGAUCGGCGUCGACAAUCUUCCUCUCUUCGCCGGAAGAACCGCUGUUCAGAUGUACAGUGAUUACAUGGGUAGCUUCAAAGAAAACAUGGCGGAGUUGCUAGAAGCCGGCGUGAUUGUUGACAUUGAGGUCGGACUUGGUCCCGCCGGCGAACUUCGUUACCCUUCUUACCCGCAAAGCCAAGGCUGGGUGUUUCCGGGCAUCGGGGAAUUUCAGUGCUAUGACAAGUACCUGAAGAAAGAUUUCAAGGAAGCGGCGGCGAAGGAAGGCCACCCUGAGUGGGAAUUGCCGGAGGAUGCUGGAGAAUACAACGACACGCCGGAGGAAACUGAAUUUUUCAAGGGAAAUGGGACCUAUGUCUCGGAGAAGGGAAAGUUUUUCUUGACAUGGUACUCGAACAAACUCAUCUUCCAUGGAGAUCAGAUCUUAGCUGAAGCCAACAAGAUCUUCACUGGCCUUAAAGUUAACUUGGCUGCCAAGGUGUCGGGGAUUCACUGGUUGUACAACCACCACAGCCACGCGGCGGAGCUAACUGCCGGAUAUUACAACCUUUUCAAGAGAGAUGGUUACCGUCCAGUUGCUCGGAUGCUCUCAAAACACAAUGCCAUUCUCAACUUCACUUGCCUUGAGAUGAAAGAUACUGACAAUGUCGCUGAAGCCCUAAGUGCUCCUCAAGAACUUGUUCAAGAGGUAUUGAGCAAAGCAUGGAAAGAAGGCAUAGAAGUUGCAGGUGAGAAUGCAUUGGAGACUUAUGGAGCCAAAGGUUACAAUCAGAUUCUUCUUAACGCGAGACCUAACGGAGUUAACCCGGACGGUAAACCGAAGCGUAGAAUGUACGGAUUUACUUACCUUCGGUUGUCCGAUACGGUCUUUCAAGAAAACAACUUCGAGCUGUUCAAGAAGUUGGUGAGGAAAAUGCAUGCUGAUCAAGAUUACUGUGGAGACGCAAAGAAGUACGGCCAUGAGAUUGUGCCGUUGAAAACGUCGAAUUCGCAGCUGACGGUGGAGGAUAUCGCCGACGCUGCUCAGCCAAGUGGAGCCUUCAAGUGGGACUCUGAAACCGAUAUGCAAGUUGACGGUUGA